CUCUGGACAGGCGCAGGCUUGCAGCGCGUGCCAGGUACCUGAGGCGUGAGGCACAGUGGCCAAGGUGAAGUCAUGGAAGCCGUGAGCCUGUGGCGCAGCUUUUUCUUGGUCCUGAUCCUCAGAGUCAAGCAUCACAGGCGCACUUUCCGGAUAUCGAAGAUGGCGAAUUUAUCCAGGAGUGUGUGGAGAUGCACAAUAUGCUUCGGUCACAGCUUUCCCCACCAGCAGCCAACGUCCGGUAUAUAACUUGGGAUGAAGCUUUGGCAAAGACUGCCAAAGCCUGGGCACAGAAAUGUGUUCCUGAAGGUAAUGCUCAUUUAGAAGAAAUAAGAACGUCUCAUCCUGUUUUUAGUGGCCUUGGUGAAAAUAUAUGGACUGGGCCUGAUAAUGAAUAUUCUGCAACUUUUGCUAUCCAAAGUUGGUUCAGUGAAAACAAGUUCUACAAUUAUGAAAAUAACACAUGUUCAGGCGUCUGUUCUCAUUAUAUUCAGAUUGUUUGGGAUACUACCUACAAAAUUGGCUGUGCUAUUAUUGAUUGUCCUAGUGUUGGAACUGUUCUAAAUGCAGCACAUUUCAUAUGUAACUAUGUACUAAGUGGGAAUCCUAGGAGAAGGCCUUAUAAAGAAGGAAGAUUUUGUAGCAAAUGUGAUCCAGGAGAUACAUGCCACGAUAUGCUAUGCAGUAACAUUGAGCGUGACAGAAUUGCACAUUAUCAUUUCUGGUAUCCACAGUGGCAAGUACCUCGACCAAUUGUGUGUGAUCCCCUAUGCGUAUUUUGUUUAGUAUUUAGAUCCUUUUUAUUUAUAGUGGCUAUUGUAAUAGUUUUCUUCUUACAGCAUAAAUUUCCAAAUAUACGGUUAGAAAAAGAUCUAUUGUUGGAUGAAAUAUUAGCACAAAAUAGUUUGGAGAAAGAUGUAGAAUCAGAGAAAGAUGGCACUAAAACAAAAGAGGGCCAAGAGCCUAAAUCAAGUGGCCACAGGCUAAAGGGUUUGGGAAAGGCCAUAGAACCACUGAGCCUGAAGAAGAGUAAGAAGAAAAAGAAGGAGGCAGGUGGAAAAAUGGAUAGUGCACCAUCCCGGGAGUCAGGAGAAUCUCAGGUCACAUUUUAGACACUUGAUGCGUUAGUACUUGUGUGACCCUGGGCAAGUCACUAAACCCCGAUUGCCUCACCAAAAAGCAAAAAAAAAAAAAGAGAGAGAGAGAAGAAAAUAUAUAAUAAGCCACUAUGCUUUUUAUCUUUUUUGGUGAGCUUUUAAUGCAGACAAGAAAUAAGAUGGUUAAAAGGAAUUGGGCAAUGAAAUUAACAGAAGUUUUAGUAAUAUUUAGAAUCUAGCUCCUUAAAAGUAAAAAAAAAAA